GCUUUUUCUGGAACCGCCCUAACGACCGACUGCAUGGAGCCUAUAUAAUAAUCUGAGAGGAGUUUAAAGUUUAAACAUCAUCCUUUCCUUGUUGUGUGGGACGGUUUGGAGCUGAGCUCUUCAUCACAGCAGGGAGAAGACAAGGUCUCCAGUCUACUAUUAAUCAGAAGAGAGAGGAGCGGGGUCCUACCUCGAAGACCACUAUGUCUGGGGAACAUGGCCGCCAGGGCCCAGAGCAGCAGGAGGGAGCAGAAGACAGCAACAGCGAGGUGGAAGAGGAGGAGGAUGAUGGUGGUGCGGAGGAAGUCAACGAACCUGUCCACCCUAUGGAGGGCUUACAGCCGGUGGAUGGGGAGGCCAACUUGCCGAAAUUGUAUGUAGUUGUGUUUGUUUCCAGGUCUCCAGUCUACUAUUAAUCAGAAGAGAGAGGAGCGGGGUCCUACCUCGAAGACCACUAUGUCUGGGGAACAUGGCCGCCAGGGCCCAGGGCAGCAGGUGGGAGCAGAAGGUGGUAACAGAGAGGUGGUAGGGGCGGCGCGAGAGGAGGUGGCGGAGGAGGCAGAAGUGGAAGACCUCGGCAACAAUCUCUCAGAAUUGGUGCUGAAUGACCCCGCACUGCCGGCUGACCCCGCACUGCCGGCUGACCCCGCACUGCCGGCUGACCCCGCACUGCCGCGCAAUGCCACUGAACUCACAAUGGACCCAAACACAGCCCACAUACGCCUCUCUCUGGACAAUAACAACAGAAAGGUGACCAAUGGAGGAAAAGAGGAGCAACGGUAUAUUCCACACAAUGACAGAUUUGGCUGCUGGCACCAGGUGCUGUGUGGACAGGGUCUGACUGGCCGCUGUUACUGGGAGGUAGAGUACAAAGGAGGUGUUGAUAUUGGAGUGACAUACAGAGGAAUCCCAAGGACGGGAGAAAAUCUUGACAGCAGGCUCGGAAGGAACAAACUGUCCUGGUGUCUUUGUUGUAAAAAGGGUUCUUACCAAGCCUGGCACAACAAUGAACAUAUAGCCAUAGGUCUCCUGCCCGCUGGCUCUAACAGAGUAAGAGUGUGUCUGGACAAGCCUGGUAGGGAGCUGUCCUUCUACAGAGUGCCCAAAUUUGGAGAACGUACUCUCAUCCACUCCUUCGACAUCACCCCCACCGAGUUGCUCUACCCUGGCUUUGCGUUUAGAAGUCCUGUUUCCCCAGGGUAUCUGCAACUGUUGUAGUGAAACACACACACACACACACACACACACACACACACACACACACACACACACACACACACACACACACACACACACACACACACACACACACACACAAUCCAUAUGUCCCUUUAGCUACACACAAUAAGUGUAGUCAUACACUUAUACAUAUCAUUAGUUUCCUCUAUAGUUAUAAAAAUCAUUAUCUUCCUCUACAGUACAAACAUUCAUUGUUCAGAUGAGGAGAGUUAGGAUGCUAACAUAAUUACAUUUGUAUAUUUAUUGAUCUAUUGGCAAUCUCUGUAGCAUUUCUCAAAACUUGUGAUUAUUCUCGUACAAACAUAGUUAUAAUACUAUUAUGUUGAUGGUGAUUUGUAUGAUAUAAAUUCUCCUUAACUUGAAUGUAACAAAUGGGGUCAUGGAUCGAGAUAGAUAGUGUAUUUAAUGCAGUGGGGUGGUGGAUCGGGAUAGAUAGUGCAUUAAAUGUACUGGGGUAAUGGAUCGGGAUAGAUAGUGUAUUAAAUGUACUAGGGUUAUGAAUUGGGAUAGAUAGUGUAUGAAAUGUACCGGGGUUAUGAUACAUACAAAAACAAAUAGUUUUUCUUGAAGAAUGUUUAUAUGGUAUGUGAUUAUUCUUUUCGAUUGAAUUCAAAAAUUGUUCCUUUCUUUUUGUAUUUUUUUUCAAAGAGAAAUAAAAGGUGGUUUGUGCUGUAACUAAGUAUGGCUACUAGAGGUUAGUGUUUCUAAUUUCGUCACAAAAUGAUGAAUUCUGAAUUGUAAACAAUGUUUCAACGGAAAAUAAAGAUUGUUAAGCUAUAA